GUGUGUCAUCCCAUGCGCAUGGUCCAUCUGAUAUCAGAAGUCACUACAGUAGUGGCGUCCGACGGUGUCGGCGAAGGACGGCGUGUGCUUUUAUACAUGAAUGUAAACGAUACCAAAAUAAAAGUUUUUAAGAUGUAGAUACGAUUCGGAGUUUUGUAACUGUUAUGCAAAGUUAUGUAUAUAACUCUCCGAUGAGAAGAAGGAGAAAUAAAUAAAAAUUAAACGCCAAAUUGGAAAGGGAAAGAAAGAGGAAGGAACUUAGAUUAAUUGGAGGCGGUCCACGUCGGAACGCGUGUCCACAACUCAGUGGCGUAUGUAUGGCCCGUCCGUGAUGUACGCGAAUGAUGAGUGUUGUGCGUAGGGCGGAUUCGCGGACCGGUCCCUCGGCCGGGACGCCGUCCGUGUCUGCCUCUGUGGCAGCGGCGGUAGUAGCACCAUCACAAGUGAACGCAGGGUGCAGGGACCCGGUAGGCCGGGAAAACUGGAGGCUCGCACAACAAGCUGAACGCGGAGAAGCCACAAAUGCCGGACUAGGCUCUGGUCAUUGGAGAAUUCACAGUACUUGUGAAGUAUCUGAACAAGAUAGUCUUGAUGACCACUUUUCACACAUUAACCGUAAACUAGUCUCAAGUUCUUCAAAAAUGGCCCGAGGGGAACCCAAAAUGAAAAGUAGCCGAAAUAUAAUGAAUUUACUUACGAGUAAGGGAAACGAUAUGUUUCUGUAUACCGAGUCCUUCCAUCACUUUUGGGUGACUCUUAGUUCGUUUUACGGUAUGUUUCUGGUCAUUCUUAUGAUAGCUAUAUGUCUCGUCGAAGUCAUGGACAAUCCUGUUAAAAUGCUUUCAAUGCAGGGCAUAUAUUUGAUGUACUUAUACUUGGGUAGUAUAGCUGUAAUUAUCUGUAUUUAUAUUUGGGUGUUGAUAGACUCGUGUGCGAGUCUAACGGCCGAUGAAACCGAAAUCGUUACCUCCGACUCAUCUUCACCAGGACUGUUUACUCUAAAUAGGUUUAGCUCGUUAAAGCGAGCGCAUAUUUCACGGUCCAAGACUUCAGACACCAGUUUCUAUCUAAGAAUCGGAGCACUCCUGUUUGGUCUCGGAACGCUCGUGUUCAAUGGUUUGGAAAUGGCUAUGCAUUCCAUGAUGGACAUUAACUGUCUCAACGAUGUAAUAUUCGUACAUCCAAUAUUACAUGGACUCUUUACAUUUUUACAAAUGCAUUUUCUAUUCAUAAAUUCUCAAGUAUUAGUGGAACGAUUUGGGUUGGUUGCUAGGUUUGGUUUUAUGCAUUUAGCAGCCACCAACAUAGCCUUAUGGAUGCGUCUCAUUAUCUGGGAAAGUGGCAUUGAAUGGGUGUACUUUAUUCACUUAGCCCAGACGUCCGAAAUGAGUAUUUCUGCAACAUCCUUCGAUUCAGGCAUUCCAACACCUUUAAAACUACGGGGAUUUCCGAAUUUCAUUAGUUCGAGAUAUACCAGAGAUCUAAAAUUAGAUACUCAUACUAAAGGUAUGUUCAUUGAUUAUAAUGGUACAUUCCGAAAUUCUAUUUACCAGCCAGUUUCCGAAAACCACGUAUCACAAGUGGUUACACUUCAUAACUGCCUCAACGCCAACUCUUUGGGUCAAUUGUUGACUUCUUCUAUGCCGUUUCUCUAUCCAUUCAUCGUGCAAUUCAGUUUAAUAGCUGCCGGUGUGACUUAUGUAAUGGGCCAAAACGUCGGUGUAAAUCAAGUAAAACCCGUGAAACGAGAUCAAAAAUCUCCUAUACCCAAAGAUCAAAAGUCCAUUCAAAACGUUCAACUAGGUCGCAUGUACAUGUCUCAGGGUGUGAGUUUUUCUGGGGCAAACAAGGGAUUGUUUCUUGGACUGCUAACUCUGGUAAUGGUCAUCGUAGUAGUAAUAAUAUUCUUAGUGGUCAAGGACGAUCAAGACUUUUCUCCGGAUACUCUGUUUUGGAUGACAUCGAUCACAUUGGCGACUAUAUUAUGCACAGGUAUUUUAUUGAGUUGCGUUGGUCUUUAUCAGAUUCGCAAGCUCUGUUACAACGGUAGUCAAAUGACUAUACUCGAUUCAAUAUUGUCAAAUGCGUCUAUCGCUGGUGUCGUAUUACAUGCUGUAUUCAGUAUUACGGUGGGCGCUGUUGGAGCGUUCAACAGUAAACUGAAUAGUCCGGAACAAAAUAUAGACGCUAUGUUGAUGGGUGUUAACGGAUUACAACUAGUACAGGUUGCUAUACAAAGCUCGUUAAUCGCCGAGGCAUGUCGCAGGAGCUCUUGGUCUAGGCAUCAAAUAUUUACAAAACCUGGCCGACAGGUGAUAACUUACUUACUAUGUAGCAAUACGGCUUUAUGGUUAUUCGAUUCCUUCAUAACUCAAAGUUGGGUGAGCCAAGAAAGACAGCUGCGGUUUAUGGGUCUACUUUCGUGGGGAUUGCUCUCAAGGAUAUCACUACCACUUGUAGUUUUUUACAGGUUCCAUUCAGCAGUUUUAUUAUUGCAAAUAUGGUACAAGUCAUACAGAUAAAAUGCUAAAACUCGAAUUUUGUACAUUUUAUUUCUAAUUAUUCUGUGCAAUACUAAUUAUUAUAUUUAUUUAUUAAUAAUAUUUUACUUUGUUCUAUAAACGUAUAUUUAUGAACUAGAA